CGGGUACAUCGGAUUAAUGAAGGGGUCUCUUUCGUAAUGCGAAGUUGAUCUAUUCAUAUGAUCUCGGCUUCUUACCGAAAUGCAGUAAGUCGCAGAUUAAUUGUUCACAUCUUCUCAAGCUCUUGGUUUCAACUGAUUUAUCAUUUCCUGCGCACUCACAUGAUUGUGGCUUUCUUUCUCCAAUCUCCAAAUACUCAGUGCAUCUCAAUGAUAAAAUUCCACGUUGAACAGCGGAACAAGAGCAUAAGAUCCCGAUAUGAGUACGGCUCACGCGAUUGCCAAAGCCAGUAAGGCUCGCUUCUUGAGCCAGUUCCCAUGGACCAUUUCACCUUUCAUCAUCGGCGCACCAAUGCGCGUCAUGUCAGGGCCUCACCUAGCCCUUGCGGUCUCCAAAGCUGGAGGCCUUGGGUUCAUUGGGCCAGGCGCGAAGCCUGAAGAUACGUCAAAGGACCUAGAUACGGUGAGGGAGUUGCUACGCAGUUCACCUCCACAGACUCUGCCGUCCGCAUUUCCAUCCAAGGAUACCCUUCCUGUUGGUGUUGGCUUUCAGCUCUGGAAUGGCGAUCUCAAGUCUGCUGUCAAUGCUGUGCAAGAACACAGGCCCUGUGCUGCAUGGCUCUUUGCACCGCGCCGAGGACAAGAAGAGCUUGAUGAGUGGACAUCUCAGAUACGAAAAGCCCAUCCGGAGAUACAGGUCUGGAUACAAAUUGGCACCGUUCAAGAGAGUAUUGAAGCUGCCAAUAGUGCGCAUCGCCCAGAUGCGUUGAUUGUUCAAGGCGCAGAAGCGGGCGGCCAUGGUCGAGCCACUGACGGUCUGGGCAUAAUGACACUCUUUCCUGAAAUCGCAGACCAAGUCCGUGAGUCGGGCAUGUCUCUAUUCGCGGCCGGCGGCAUCGCAGAUGGUCGAGGCGUCGCAGCAGCCCUCUCACUUGGUGCAACUGGCAUCGUAAUGGGCACGCGCUUCCUAGCAGCAACCGAAACUCGUAUCAGCAAAGGCUAUCAACAAGAGAUUAUCCGAGCUAAAGAUGGAGCUCAGUGCACCACCAGAACCAUGCUCUACAACCAUCUCAGGGGCACUAUAGGUUGGCCAGAGCAGUAUAGCCCAAGGGGUAUCAUCAACCAGAGCUUCCACGAUCAUCAAGCAGGCGUGGAAUUUGAGGAACUGAAGAAGAGGCAUGAUGAAGCAUUGAAGUCUGGGGAUAAGGGGUGGGGGCCAGAGGGGAGGUUAGCGACGUAUGCGGGUGCGGCUGUUGGGCUUAUACAUGAUGUGCGGGAUGCUGAGAAUAUCGUGAAGGGUGUGCAGGGGGAAGCUAAAGAGGUUAUAGCUGAGCUUGCGAACGAUACUAUGUAACUUAUAUCUUACGUCUCUGCCGAGGUAGUUGAGAGGCCAUGCAUCUCUGCGUUGCAAAACGCAACUUUGGCCGCGGUUGAGAUCAAAAACCAUCCGAUUUCUCGCUCUAUCUGGAUUUGACCUGAAACUUUUU